AUGUGCCUAAUACAGCAAAAUGUGAGUGCAUUUCAGCUGCGUUUUCUUGCGUUCAAGGCCGUUUUAGGUGGUCAGAAUAGUACCAAACAAUUGCUCUCAUCUAGCGCUUACUUCCAAUCAACAAUCACUGAAGAGGAUGAGGGAUUAUUUCAACAAUUUAUGCAGCAAAAUCAAGAUUAUCAUAUAACAUUCAACCCAGACGACAACAUCGAAGACUCAAGGCUCUACUCUCGCUUCUACAUUCAAGUAAAUUGGUUUGGUUUGGUAUCUACAGUGGCAGGUGAAGACAACCGCGAAACUCGCUAA